AUGGUUUCAAAGAACUUAGUUCGGCAGGAAUCAACCUUAGAAACCUUUGAAUUUCUUAUAGAUUCUAAUGUAUGGGUCAAAAGUGACCAUGAACAAUUGUUUACACUUGGUGUUAUUAAAUCCGUUGGUAAUAAUUCACUAUCUGUUGAAGUAAAUGGAAUUACCAAAGAUUACCCAUUUUCUGAUUGUUUAAAUGCCUUAUGUGGAUAUAAUGUCAAUGAAGUGGAUGAUUUGGUCAAAAUUCCGCAUUCAAACAGUGCCAUUGUGAUAGAUCUUCUAAGGGAUAGAUUUGCCAAAGACAAAAUUUAUACAUACGUUGGCAAGAUUUUGUUGGCGUUAAAUCCUUUUAAACAAAUCCGUGGAUUGUAUAACACUGAACAAAUUGGUAGGUAUAGGCAAGCGGAUGUUAGUAGAGGAUGGCCAUCAGAUCUUCCCCCUCACUCUUUCGCUGUAGCUCAAUCAGCACUCUAUGGUUUGCAGUCUGAUGGUAUUAGUCAAUCUUGUAUAGUAUCUGGUGAAUCUGGUGCAGGGAAAACUGAAACAGCCAAACAAAUUAUGAACUACCUGAGCUACACUCAUUCAACACAUGGCAUUAAUGAUAGUUCAACAGAUGUACAAUCGUUAAUCCUGGGCUCCAUGCCCUUACUUGAAUCGCUUGGCAAUGCCAAAACUAUACGAAACAACAAUUCGUCCCGAUUUGGCAGAUUUAUAAUGUUGGAUGUGGGUAAGAAUGGUGGAUUAAAUGGGUGCAAAAUCACUUCCUAUAUGUUGGAACUUGUGAGAAUUGAAUUCCAGAGCACAAAUGAGAGAAAUUAUCAUAUUUUUUACCAAAUGAUCAAGCACUUCACUGAUGAUCCUGAGAAAAUGAAAUCAUUAGGUCUAAAAAAAUUGGAGUACUAUAAUUUUUUAAACGCUAGUAAAUGCUACACAAUUGACCAAGUUGAUGAUCAAAAGGAAUUUUUGCCUGUAAAAUCUCAACUUGAGAAGAUGUACAAAAACGAAAUUGAUUCCUUUUACAAAUCUUUAUCAGCAGUAUUACUAGCUGGAAAUAUUACAUUUAGUGCAGAGGGGGAUAACUUAACUAUCAAUAGCAUUGAGGAUUUUGGAAAAUUAUGCGAAUUAUUGGGUAUUGAAUCCAGUAAAUUUGCCCAAUCAAUUAUUACUAAAAAGGUUGUAGUAAACAAUGAAACAAUUAUCAGCCCCUGCACUCAACUACAGGCCAUAACCUCAAUUCGUACAGUUGCCAAAGAUGUUUACAAUAGAUUGUUCAAUUUAUGUGUAAAUACACUUAAUGAAUACAUCAAAUUUGAUGCUAGUAGGCCUUGGAUUGGUAUCCUUGACAUUUAUGGUUUUGAAUUCUUUAAACGCAAUACUUUUGAACAGCUUCUAAUUAACUAUGCGAAUGAACGCCUUCAACAGCACUUCAUCCACCAAUCAUUCAAAUCCCAAAUUCAAGAAUAUGAGAUUGAAGGUGUUGAUUAUUCCAUGAUUACUUUCAGCGAUAAUUCAAACGUCAUUGCAGUGUUUGACAAACCAAACCUCGGGAUAUUUAGUUUCCUGCAAGAACAAUGUCUAAUACAAACAGGGAAUCCAUCAUCGUUUACCUCUACAUGUAAUAAACAUAUAAAAGACAAUUCUUACAUUGCAGGCAAAGGUUCACAAUUGAAUUUCUCAAUCAAACACACAGCGGCAACUGUAAAGUAUGAAACGGAUGAAUUUGUGGAUAAGAAUAGGCACAAACUUUCUGUUGAUUCUUUGGAAUUGUUAAUGGGUUCCACUAAUCCAAUAAUUAACAAGGCAUUUUCAGAUGUAGACCCUCUUGUAAAGGGCAAAUUUGUAGCUUCAACGUUCCAGCUAUCAAUGGAUCAGUUGAUGAAGACACUCAGCGCAACAAAGUCCCACUUUAUACGAUGUAUUAAAUCAAAUGAAGACAAAGUUGCUAAUAAAUUUGAAACUAAAUCAAUAUUAAAUCAAUUGGUCAGUCUGUCAAUAUUUGACUCUAUCCAAUCAGUUCAUAGAGGAUUUGUCAUCAAUGAUACAUUCGAAGAAUUUUUCCACAGGAAUAAGAUACUCAUACGACAUAAUGCUGGUUCCGAUAUGGUGGAGGCAAUUAAAUCAUUUCUAGAAAUGAUAGGAGUAGACUGCAAUGAUUAUCGAAUCGGUAAAACCAAAGUAUUCUUACGAAAAACUGCCUGGAUGAUUCUGGAUUCUAUGUAUAGAAAGGUUUCAAAAUUGGCAAAACCUCUGAAGGUUUAUCUAAAUAACUAUUAUAAAUCAUACAAAACUUUACAACGGCUUAGAUCUAUUGAUAAAUAUGCUAUUAGGUUGCAAAGCUUGUAUAGAAAGGAGUGCCAUCUUAGAUCAAUGAGGUCUUUUAUUGAUCUAUAUAAUACAUUCAUAGGUAUAACCCUAACCAUAUCAUUUCUAAACUACGAUGUAAUUAGUACUAAGGCCGCAGAGCUAAUACAGAGUGUAUGGAAGGGCUAUCUAGUGAGGAAGAAGAUAAAGCGGGAUAGGUUUGGCGCCAUACUGCUUAUUACCAGUAAAUUGCCAGUAUUCAAGCGGAACAUCAGGAUAAGAAUUGAGCAUGUUGCGGCAGUGAAAAUACAAUCUAAUUGGAAGCGCUUUGUGCAGCGCAGGAUUUGGUUAUGUGAUAGGGAAACACUAAUUAUAAAUAAAUCAGCUGGUAUAAUUCAAAGGAAUGCCAGAAAUUAUUUAUACAAAAGGGCUCUGAAGGUUAUGAAACAGUUAACACCCCCCGUUAUUUGUAUACAGGCUAAUUGGAGAGGGUAUAUCGCCAGAAAAGGUUACAACAUUUUUCUGUUACGAAAUAGAUUAAAGAAACUGCAGGCUCAGUGGCUGAUUAAACGGAUAAUUAAGACUGCACUCGUAAAUUGCGACGUGGAGCAAUUUAAGCACUCACUAAAAGUGCUACAGAAUGCAUUGUAUAAACAGUGUGUUAGGUUAUUGUUCGUUGAUACUCUGAAGGCUACGGUUUAUCUUCAGGCUGUUUGUCGUGGCAAUAGGGUCAGACUACAGUAUAGUCAACAGUUAAAAUCCCGCAUUAUCGCUGCCAUGAGGAAUAAAUAUUCAAAUUGUUUGAGUGUAGAAGAUUUAUUUGCAAAAAAGGUUAAGGGAUAUAAUCGCAUAAUGGUAACAUGGUGCGGGAAGGAUUUUAGUUCCAUUUAUAUAUCAGGAUGGGCUAGAUUUAUGGAUAAUGUACGAUUAAUAGCAGCAGGAAAGUAUCACACUAUAGUAUAUAAUCAUCCUGAUGUUAGUUCAUUGGGUAUAAAUUAUAACGGUUGUUUGGGCGAUAACAUUAAAAUUGCAUCGGUUCCACACAAAAUAUUUACUUUAACUUCGCCUGCACUAAAGGUUGUUAGUAUUUGCUGCGGCGAAUUUCACACGCUUCUGUUGCUUAACAGUGGUAUAGUUUUAGCUUGGGGAGAUAACAGAUACUCGCAAGUUUAUGGGACAGCUAGAUUUGUGGAAAAACCAGUGGUGGUACCUUUGUUUAACCCCGUGAUUGCCAUUUACACUGCAAGGUAUCAUAAUGCGGUUAUUGACAUGGCAGGAAACGUCUUUCUUUGGGGCAAAGGCUCAUAUCUAGGCUUGGAAUAUGAUAUAACAAUACCUACCCCCUUGCCCAGCUUUAACGAGACACUGGGGACUAACUUCACAAGAGGAGACAUCAUUAAAAUAGCAAUUGGAGACGAAAUAAUAUACCUUUUGGAUUCAAAAAACUCAUUGCACUCAUUGUCUAGAUUGGGUCAUCAUGAAAUUUCCCUGUUGGAUAUUGGCGCUGAUGUCACUGUCGAUGACGUCUGGGCUUAUCACAAAACAGCGGUUGUUUUAUCAUCUAGCAAGUUAUAUCAUGUAAACUACCAUAGUAUAAUUAGCAAUUCGCCGUUUUCUAGUGCGUUUGAAUCGCUAAACAGUGUAACUCAUCUAUCCAUUGGAUACCACGAAUUGUUGGUGUUAUGUAAUGACGAUGAAUUGGUCGUCAUUAAGGAAGAGGGGAAUGUUGACAAAAUUCAACUUAAAACUAAAAUAAACGCUAUAAAUAGCGUUCGCAGUUGUACUAUAGCCGCGACGAUCCUAUAUCAUAAUUAA